AUGACUCUAAAGAUUAGGUGGUCUGCUCGGCAAGACACGCAAGAAACAGAAUCAGAUGAGAGUGAAAUUGUUGAAACACACGAAGAGUCUGGAGGUGUAAAUGAAUGUAGAUUGUCGGUUGUUGUCAAGGUGGAUCUGUUCUUGGGGAAAGUUCUGGUGAAAAACAACAGAGAUAGAGAUGAGCUGGACACCGAGCGUGAGGUCAUCCUGCGGCUCCAGAAUCGCAUCCUCGUGCUGUUUUUCGCCUCCGGAGCAUGCGAGAGGUGUCAGGACUUCGCUCCGACGCUCAAAGACUUCUUCAAGAAACUGACGGAUGAGUUUUACGUGGAGCGCUCGGCUCAGCUGGUUCUUCUGUACGUCUCUCUGGACUCGUCCGAGGAGCAGCAGGAGAAGUUCCUGAAGGAGCUGCCCAAACGCUGCCUGUUCCUGCCGUUUGAAGAUCCCUACAGACAGGAGCUGGCGGUGAUGUUCGAAGUGAAAGACGUGCCCAGCGUGGUGGUGCUGCGUCCCGACUGCUCCAUCCUCUCUCCCAACGCCGUGGCAGAAAUCUGCUCCCUGGGUCCCGACUGCUUCCACAACUGGCAGGAAGGGGCGGAGCUAAUUGACAGUAACUUCAUGAUGAACGAGGAGUUUGACGAGGGCAAAAUGCGCAGCGUGACCGACCCCUUCAGACGAAUCAAAUACAAGGUGGAAGGCAAGAAGAAAAAGAAGAAAGGGAAGAUUGCAGAAGAAGAAGAAGAGGAUGAUGGAGGAGGGGGAGCGUGGGGCUGAUGUGUUAGAACUGAUCUGGAUCAGCUGAUCCGCCUCAUUCUGAUUGGCUCUCAUAACAUUUGGGAUGUGGACAGUAAUAAAGAAUCUUGAAAAGCAGCUGCUUGAUCUGUACAUAUAGAUCUCCAUACUUCUACCUAAAUAAUUUUUAUAUAAGGUGUAAAUCUAGAAUUAUAUUACUAUGAAAAUCCUUCUAGACUAGUGUGUAAGAGUAUAUCUUUUUUUUAAAUAAUAAAAGCGCAUUCUCAUGUUAAAUUAU